AUGGCAUUUGCCGUUCAUGAGAUCAACAAGGAUAUGAAGCUGUUAUCCAACAUCACGCUAGGAAUGGAGGUUUAUGAAAACAAUUUCAAUCCAUGGCUUGCCAGUGAGAGCAUCCUAGAACUUCUGUUCCUGGAAGAAGGGAAUCCCAUCAACUACAAAUGUGUCAGAAGGACCAAGAGAAAGCUCUUGGCUGUCAUUGGUGGCCUCACCUCCCCAAACUCCAUCCACAUGGCCCAUAUUUUGAAUGCCUACAGGAUUCCCCAGCUUCACUACUUCCUGAGACGUCUUCAUUUUAAUAACAGUGUGGGGGAUGAAAUCUUUUUUGAUGAGAAUUGGGACUUUGACCCAGGAUAUGACAUCUUCAACAUUGUCACCUUCCACAAUCAAUCCUUCCAGAAAGUCCGGAUUGGAAGGAUGGACUCCAAAGCCCCCGAUGGGAAACAGUUCAGCCUCAGUGAAAGCGCCAUUGCAUGGAAUCACAAGUUUCAGCUGGUACCUCCCCAUGCCAGAUGUGUGGUGCGCUGCCGCCAGGGGUACAGCAAGGCUGUUCAGGAGGGAAAACAAGCUUGUUGCUACCAUUGCACAAACUGCCCCGAAGGAAGAAUUUCAGUCCAAAUUGAUGCAGACCGAUGUGAGAGAUGCCCAGAAGAUCACUACUCAAAUGCAGAAAAAGACCAGUGUCUUCCCAAAAGGUUCAGCUAUUUAUCCUUCAGUGAACCCUUGGGAGUCACUCUGACUUCCUUGAGUCUUUUCUUUUCAGCAACGGUCAUUUUAGUGGCAGUAACUUUCCUCCUGCACUGGAACACACCCAUUGUCAAAGCCAACAACAGGAACAUCACAUGCAUCCUUCUCUCCUCUCUCCUUCUUUGUUUUCUAUGCUCCUUUAUGUUUAUUGGGUGGCCUGGGGAAGUGACUUGCCUUCUCAGGCAAACUCUUUUUGGCACCAUUUUCUCCAUCUCUGUUUCCUGUGUCUUGGCAAAGACCAUCAUGGUAGUUUUGGCCUUCCUGGCCACUAAGCCAGGAAACCGGAUGAGGAAAUGGUUAGGGAAAAAACUGGUGGGAUCUGUCAUAGCCCUCUGUGCCUGUAUUCAAGUGGUUAUCUGUGUAGUAUGGAUGGCUACGUCUUCUCCCUUCCCGGAGUUGGACAUGCACUCCCAGACUGAUGAGAUCAUUGUGCAAUGUAACAAAGGCUCCGAUUCCAUGUUCUACAUUGUCCUGGGCUAUUUGGGGCUAUUGGCCAGCAUCAGUUUCACUGUGGCUUUCUUUGCCAGAAAAUUGCCUGAUACCUUUAAUGAGGCCAAGCUGAUCACCUUCAGCAUGCUUGUGUUUUGCAGCAUUUGGCUGUCCUUCAUCCCAGCCUAUCUGAGCACCAAAGGAAAACACAUGGUGGCUGUGGAGAUCUUUUCCAUCUUGGCCUCUACUGCAGGUCUCCUGGGCUGCAUCUUUCUCCCCAAGUGCUACAUCAUCCUGUUGAAGCCAGAUCUCAACACAAAAGAACAUCUGACCAGGAGGAUCUUUUAA